GUUGAUUUUAUACCCAUGCUUAUCGUGCAGUUGCAUAGCCCCUUCAAUCAAACCAACAGGUUCCUCAGGCCCCGUCACCAACCUUAUGCUCCUUCGCAUCUUCUCACUCAGCCGCGAAUAGCAUCGGUGAAUGUAUCAUCAUCCAUAACACGCUCUGCAUCUACCUCCAAAGCAUCUAUCACCUAUCCUUGGGAGUUGCCGGUGCGCCUCCGCGUUCUCAGGCAAUAAACAUGUCCAACCGAACGAUCUGAUAUGUGCCGUCAUCGGUGAGCCUUCGGUAGUGCCCUUAUCUGUGAGCUCCACUGGGAUUGCAAGGUCUUGCGCAUCCUACGUUCUACCGUUCGCGGUGGCGCAUCAAGCGAGCGUGAUCGCGAUCAUGAUCAUGUUGGCUCUCCCGGUUUGCGAGCGGAAACGUACGCCCGCGCUCCUCCGCGCUCGCAGGGAUGCAUCACUGCGAAGAUUGGACCACCGGGUGGGACCAAAACGGAAUAUUGCCCGAUGCCUCGAACAUGUAUAAGAAGCCGGUGCCGGGAUUGCUCCGCCUUGGGCGUUGACUCACCGCAGGGCCAUCCGUGCAUCUGCACAUAUGUCGGACUCGGCAGCUUUCGCCGCGGCAACGCAUCUGCUGGAGAUUUCUGGUAUCGUCCAAUCCGCUCUCUGCGGUCUCUUCGGUGUUUACUUUUCGCUCUUUGUUCUCGCACUUUGGGCCACCCAUGGGCGGUAUGACAUCCCUACGAGGCGCUUGAGGCUUGUUACCAUAGUCCUGUUUGUCGACCUUUGCGCGCACUUUAUCGCGCGCUCGCUCCAGUUCGAUCGCUCUCGGAUCCUCCAGCCAUCCAAUAGAGAGUUCUUCAAGUGGAGCAUUCCGCUCAUUGUUAUCGGGAACGUGACCACCACCUUCGCUGGAUUGUGCUCGGACGGCCUCUUGGCUUGGCGUUUCUACGUUCUUUACGACCGUAAAAAAUGGGCCCUCUAUAUUCCGGGCACCUUCGUGGUCAUCAACGCAUUCCUGUGUUGGUCUGCGGACGCACAGCACUUGGCUGCGUAUCACCACUACAACGAGUACGAAAACACUCUCCUCGAGGUCACCCUACAAAUCACCGUGGCGUGGGGAUGGCUCAUGUUUGCCAUAAACACCUUACUGACAGGCGCAAUUUUGGGCAAAAUCAUUGCAGCGGUUUCCACCAAGUCAAAGAAAUAUGAGACAGUGGUGCGCGCAUGUAUCGAGUCGGCGAUGGUGACUUGGGUCGGCCUGCUGCUGUAUGAGAUUUGCUCAUUGGCGCCGAACGGCCACGUUGUGACCAACUACGACGUCGGCUAUGUGAUGGCUUGCAUUAUACCUGUCUUCUUCGGAAUAUCACAAUGCCUCAUCGUUGUGCGCGUCGCUCUGACGAACGAGAUCUCCAGCCGCACCGCGGCUGGCACCUCGGCCCUCCAACUCGAAUCAGGCUCCACCAACCCAUCAUCCCGUAGACCAAAGGAAUGCAGCAAAGCAGGAACAGAUCCCCAGGACAUCACCAUGAAUUCCUUCAACACCGAAAACAAUUACAAGAUGUACGAGGCCAGCUUUGGCGGCAAUCCUGGCAAUCCUUUCGGAGAAGAACAUAUCCUUAACCUGGCACCACAUUGCUAA